GCCAAGAAAAUUCUUGGAUUAUCUAAUCCCAAACGUGUAGCCAAUUUUUUGCUCUUACGUCGUCCUAAUCUUGGCACAUUGAAUUGCGUGUCCAUCCCUAAUCAUACACCCCUUGCCACCUCUCUUACUUGCACUUAUUACUCCUAUUCCUCUUCUUCUUCUUCUUCCUUGUUUACCAUUUGUACCAAAAUUUCAGCUGUCAUUUUAAUUCCCCCUAUUAAUACUCUACGACUACUAUUACCUAAUCUAUAUAUAGCAUUCUACUAUUACUCUUUCUCUCUACCACAUAGCCAAUUUGACCUUAAUUUUUCACAAGUAUCAUUAUCAACCAUGGCAGAAAAUUCUACUACUCAGCUAAAAUCAGAUGCUAUAUUUGACCAAAUGAAACUUCAUCUUUCUACUGAUGCUGGCAAGGAACUUAUCAAGAAAAUUGGCCUUGUUUACCAAAUCAAUAUCGCUCCUAAGAAAAUAGGAUUCAAUGAGAAGGUGUAUGUUGUUGAUCUGAAGAAAGGAGAAACAAAAGAAGGGCCAUAUGAAGAUGGGAAGCCUGAUGCAACUUUUUCAUUUACUGAUGCUGAUUUUGUGAAGAUUGCCACUGGGAAAAUGAAUCCACAAAUUGCUUUUAUGAGAGGUGCGAUGAAAAUUAAGGGCAGCAUAAGCGCAGCACAGAAAUUCACCCCCGACAUUUUCCCAAAGCCUUCAAAGAUGUGAACAAAUCUGCUACUAUGUCAGUAGGGAAACACCGUUCUAGAUUUUUUACUUUUUAUGUCACCAACAAUCAACUCAUAUGAUAAAGAAUUAUGGACGUUUUGAAUUUAUCUGUCAGUUCUCCCAUAUAAUUCCGUGUCCCUGUAAUGAUGUAACAGAAUUCUGGGCGUUUCUUAAUGGAACUGAAAUAUAAUUGUUCACAUUUUACUGUGGCA